AUGCCCCAAGGCCAUGGGACAAGACUGUCCCGCCCAUCCAGAACCAGCAUAAAAGCCAGCCAAGAGGCACUCUUCCUCACACACUUCUCCUCAACUCUGCCCUGUCUCAUCCCUUCUCUUCCAGGCACCAUCCACAUCACAGCCAUGGCCUGCAACAACCUCUGCCAGCCCUGCGGACCCACCCCGCUGGCCAACAGCUGCAAUGAGCCCUGUGCCCUGCAAUGCCAGAACUCCAGCGUCAUCAUCAACCCUUCCCCUGUGCUGGUCACCCUGCCAGGACCCAUCAUGACCUCCUUCCCCCAGAACACCGCCGUCGGAUCCACCUCCUCGGCUGCUCUGGGCAGUGAGCUCAGUGCCCAGGGACAGCCCGUCUCUGGUGGAUUUGGCUUUGGCCUUGGCUACGGCCUGGGAGGCCUGGGCUGCUAUGGCAGAAGGGGCGGCUACAUCUGCUAAGGGCCUU